UCAGACUUUAACUAGCACAAAUAGUUUAUAACAAACUUUUAACUUAGAUUAUCAAAAAACUAUAGUGACUGUACCAACGAAAGCCAUUCUCAACGAUUAUUUGGAUUAGACAUGGCUGUGUUUUGUGUAUUUUUUGCACAAUUAUUGGCGGUCGUCAAAACAAAAGACAUCUUCUUCAUAGUGUGAAGAUAUGGAAAUGAGAGAUCAAGCGGCUAAUAUAAUUCAAAUUAAAACCAAAUAUGACCAGAUAUUCAAAAUAUAGAAAAGUUCUUUUGCUGUUGAUGUUUAUACUUCUUUUCUUUAUCAUAAAAAAGAACACACCGAUGAACGAUACUAAACAACAAGUGAAUUAUAUGAACGAAAUAGAAAAGGUACAAGUAAUGUGUGGCGAGCUCUGCAAUUCAUCGAGUGUUGGACAUCCAGGACUAUUUUUUCACAAAACAACAUCAAAGAAUAUCGAAUCUUGUUCUGAAACUGUACAUAUCUUUUCUGCUGUAGCACAAGCAAAAAGAGAUUUGAGUCUGAUAGAAUUUGUAGUUCUAAAUGUUCUCGAUGGCUCCAAGCAUUCCAAUUUCGACUGCUGUAUUUAUGGAGACGAGAAAUUAUCAGUAUAUCGCGUAAAAGCUGUUGUGAAAGAAACAUAUCCUGAAAACCGAAAAUUUGCCGAUCUUAAAGCAAGACAGUAUCAAUGUUGUGUACACAAUAUAAGUUUCCAGAUGAAGCAUAUUCAAUUGGUACGAAAAACGGAAUUUUGUAAUUCUUCUCAUAUUCGUCAGCCAGUGUUAUACGCAUCAGUCAAGAAAAACAAAUUUGCAAUAUGUGCUAAAAUAGCAUAUAACUAUCUAAAUCCAUUGCAUCUUAUUGAAUGGUUCGAAUAUCAAAAAAUGAUGGGUGUAGAUACAGUACUGAUAUCACUACAACAAGUAAAUGAAGAUGCAUAUGCAGUAUUAAAAUAUUAUGAGAGAGAAGGCAUUGCAAUACUUAUUUCAUUUCCAUGUAAAUUGCCUGGUAAUAUUGACCGCGGCUUCUCACCGCAUAAAUGGCAUUACCAUCAAAGUACCCACGAUGAACAGGUCGCAGUGUAUUCAUGCAAAGAAAUUUUACAAGGAUUCGAUUUUGUGGCGGUGGUAGAUUUAGACGAGUACAUUGUCCAUGGAAAUUUCUCAAUAUACACAGAAAUGCUAAAGUCGGAGUUGUUACCAGCUUAUCCGGAUGCUGCCUCUUUCACCCUGAGAGUAUCAUUCUUCAUAACAGAUUGGGGAGUUUCAGGAGUCGAACCUCUAAUAACCAGUAAAUACAUAAGAAGAUCAAAGCCCCUUUUCAAUCGAUUUAAAAAUAUAUAUUUGCCUAACAGAACUGCUACCAUGGAUACACAUGUAGUGUGGCCGAUGAAAGGAUAUCGAAGGUAUUUAUCAUUUACUUAAACACUGAAAGUAAAUUGUGUGCAUAUAAAACUUAAACUCAUUGUUGAAGGCCGUCCUUGUUUUGUUGGUCGUUGAUAGAUAAUUGUGUCCAUAGCAAUUAUAUCACAAGAUUUUUGUGAUGAUGAGGGUAUUACCAACCCAGAAGUCAGCACUUUUGUAUUGACAUUGCAUUUCAUUGGUAUUUUCAUUUUCUGUUGCUCAAUUACAUCAUGGAAUGAGAGGUGAAUUUGUGAAUUCCUCGUGUUUCACACCUUUCCGUUUCCAUUAAAAAUCGUAUCAUCGACUUAAAUAUCCACGAAUAUUUCGAAUGUUUUCUUCAAAUUUCCCGCACCGGAAUCCGCCAUUUUUUAUUUGACUGCCACAAGAAAGAUAACUCUGCCGAUUUAAAACACAAAAACACUUUUGCCCUAUCCCGGAAUAAAUCUGAAACUCAUUUUAAAGGUCACUACUCUUGAGCGGUCAUUUUUAUACUUCCCAAGAGUGAUUGCUCAAUACAGGUUUGCAAUAGCUGUAUUUGGCUGUUUUCAGAAUUUUAGAUUAAAUUUUCCUUUAAUUUCGUAUUUGAUUUGGCCUUACAACUGAUUAGAUUCAAUCGGCAUUGAUGAGUCUUAUAUAGUUAAGUGUUUCUGUUGUUCCAUUGUUUUCCUCUUAUAGUUGAUGUGUUUCCCCCGGUUUUAGUUUGUUACCCAGAUUAAUCGAAUUAUGACUAAUUGAACAGCGGCAUACUUCUGUUGACUUUAUUUAUUUAGAUAAACACGCAUAUGGUGUUUUUAAUUAAAACUCUGGUAUAUUUGAUAAAAUUGUAUCCGUAAAUGCAAAAAGGUUAAAUUGGAUUUGCAAUUCAUUGAGUUUGAUUGGUUAUAGGUGGUAAGCGCAAUGUUUGAUAUUUAAUUAUUUUUAAAUUCUAUAUUAUUUUUUUUAACUAGUAAUAAUGAAUGGGAUUUGGUUUAAAAAAGUGAUAGAAUAUGUAUGAGUUACGUGAAUAUGAAUUAAAUGUUAACUUUCUCAGCUUCGUUGUAAUAUGUUAUUACAUCUAAUAGAUAGCCCUUUGUUUUUUCUCUGAAAUCUUUAUUUUCUUAUGAAAGUCAAUUUAAAUACUAAGAUUAAUACCAAGAUCUUCCUUUUAUAUGGGACGUUAAGAUCUUGCAAAAGUGUUUUAUUGAAACUCAUACUCGAUACAAUGGUUAUUUAUAAGUGCAGUGAAUGGGGGAAAAGUAGAGAUGUUGUAUAAGAAAUUAAUCCACUAAAGACAAAGUACCAAGUAUGUACACAACAAGUCAACGUAAGGCAUUCAACAUGCACAACUCCAAAACUAAUAGUAUACUAUAAAACCCCUCGCAUUAACAAAAUGUGAAUUAAUAUAGAAACAAAUUAACUAACAGUCUAACUAAGACUAAUGCCAUUAAUCAACAAAAUAAAUAAUGGCAGGCCGCAUCCAACGAUAACUACUAAAUUAGUGGCUCCUUGUGUUGCCUAUUCAGGCAUUUGAUGAAAAUGAUUAAGUUAAACAUGUUUUUAAGCAUUCAAGUCUAUCAUUUAAAGCCGGUAGUUGUGGUACCUUGCAAAAUAAAAUCAAACUGUAAAAUUUAGCUGCAAAAUGCUUCUAAUAUUAGAUCGAUACUAAGCACAAAAAUACCUAUACAAAAUGCACAAUGUACCUAUAUAUAUUAAAAAUCUAUGUGAUAUAUACUAUUUUUUCUAAAUUUCAAAAUAUCAACUUAUUAUUAGUUUUGUGGAUUUCUUCGGUAAAGGUGGACCAUGAAUUUAAAUGAUCAAAGAAGUACACAUUUUCUAUAUGCGUGUAUGCAUACAAAGGCGAUACCACGAAAUCAAAUAUCAACGAAAAUACAGUUUUUAUUUAUAAUUUCCUAUACAAUUGGGUUCCACGAAAAUAAGUGAAUUCACAGUAGUUCAUAAACACAUGAAACGUAUCUACACUACUAUUCCAACUUUUCCCUACUGAAAUAAGAAUCGUGCAUACAAAUUCCUUGUAUAUGGUCAUCUUAAUUUGUGACAAACCACACUUAUUCCAACACCAAAACCAUCGAUGAUGAUAUUAUGAAAAUGCUGGACUUUUUAAUCGACAACAUAUUUGUUGAGUUUGGUGGAUUGAAUGUUUAACAUACUGUCAGUAUUCAAAUGGUUGCUAAUUGUAAAUUCCUACUGACCAACUCGUUGUUGAACUUAUAUGAAGCAGAACUCAUACUGAACCAUCUCAAACGAAAAACAAAAAAAUCUCAUAAAGUUGAUUUCUCUUUCAGCUAAAGUGAUGCUGUCCUUUCACAAUAACCAACAUUUUCGAGAAUUAUAAAUAUCUCCCAUUGAUUUGUAAUGAAGAAUAUUACCGAAACUAGAAUGUCUGAUUCAUGUCCCCAACGUUGUUAAACCAAGUACUUUUUUUCUUUUUUUUUCUUUUAAUUUUUCGAGUUUCACUGAUGAGUCUUUAGUGGACGAAACGCGUGUCUGGCGUUCACAACUUUAAUCCUGGUAUCCUGGUAUCAAUGAUGACUUCAGAUUAAUCUCUUCCUCGAUAAAUACACUCAUGAAAGACUUCAAACGAAAAUCUAUUACAAAAUUGACGUUUUUAACUUUCCAACUGUCAACUUCUCAUUUCUCAGCAAUAGCAUACGCUCUCCCAAUCUUAUGUCAUAAACAUAUCUUAAUUAAUACACUACGCUCGUGCUUUCACACUUUAUGGAAUUCUUUGACAGCCUCACAGGGAUGUUCUUUUUACACUAAAGCUGCUCUAACAGAGUUAUGAGGAAACACGACUAAAAUUUACUUUAACGGUUACCAUCACAAAUAUGUCUGUGUCUCAACUCACUAGCGACACGUGUUGCCUGGCUUAUAUCUUUCGAUACCAGAAUAGUCGUCUUAUCGGUAAAUCUACCCAUUGUGUCUUAACCCCAAUUACGGAAUUUUCACUUAGUAAGAAUUCGGAGGAAGAAUUUUUAGCAGGAAGCGCUAACGCACAAGGUCUCGCACCUUAACAAAUUAAGGCAAUCCCUCAGGCUUUUUUAUGCUAACUUUGAUUUGUAUCCUCGUAACAGAUUAAUGAUAUUUGAACAUCGUAUACUACUGUUGGCUCUUUCAAGUAUAGUGGGAAGACGUAAAAGAGAGGCAAAAUAUACCAAAGGGACAUUCAAACUCUUAAGUCGAAGUAAACUAGUAAUCCAAUGGCAAAACAAAAACCAAAAGACAUGAGCUCAUGUGCUCCGGGAGGGUAAGCAGAUCCUGCUCCACAUGUGGCACACGUUGAGAUAAGUCUAAUUUGGUAGGUCACAUUUGGGGAAAAGGAGGGCGCAAACAUAGCCGUCAUCAUCUAUGAAACAUAUAUUCCGUAAGUCGUGAUGGCGUCCGAAAAAUAUCCAAAGGAAUCAUUUCAGGUAGUCUGAGAAAAGCAUGGUCAUCCUCAAAACAAAAUCACACACAGUUUAGAGCUAUUUAAUAUUUUCAAUUAACGAAAUUAUGUUCAUUAGUAAAAUACAAAGUGAAAUGACGUGUUAAUUAUAACUAUAAUCAAACUAAAACAGUCUAUAAAUUUCAUAGAAAAAUAUCAGAAAAAUAUCCUAGAAUAGUUAGUUUUAUGAAUAAUACUGUUGUUAAAAGCUUGGUGUGCAUUUUUGUAUGUAUUUCCUAUAGAUGGAAUCUUAUGCACUUUUCAUUGUUUUACUGAUUACCACUGUCCCAGGUUAGGUGGAGGGUAAGGCGCUAGCAAACAUGUUUAAACCGCUACAUUAUUUAUGUGCCAGUCCCAAGCCAGUGGCCUGAAGUUAAGUGGUUGUCGUUGAUUCUUCUCUGUCAUAUCUUUUUGUAAAUUGUUUUGUUAUAAAUUUGGCUGUUAGAUUUUCCAAUUGAAUUGUUUUAUAUGUUUCAUAUCGGGACCAUUUAUAGCCGACUUCCUGGUAUGGUUUUUUUUCAUUGUUGAAUGCCGUACGGUUGCAUAUAAUUGCUUUCGUCAACUUCAUUUGAACUUUAAUGGGUAGUUGUCUCAUUGGCACUUCUCCUUUUUUAUAUUCUAGAAUAGAUAUUUGAUAUAAUUGAAAUUAGAAGAAGUGUUGACAAAUUAAUGACAUCAAUCACCCUGCUGAACAAUUGCAUUGAUACAAGUGACGUUUAUUACAGUAUAGAAUGUACCUACAGCAUACAAAUUUGUCUCUGGUCGUGUAUUAACCUCUAGUUUUUCUUUGUUUUUAUGUCAUUUUGUUACUGCCUAUUGGUCUUUUUGCCGCACAACCAAUGUAAUUCAAACUUUUUAUUCAUAAAUUAAAUAAAUUUAUUCAAUUUCCAUUAUAAUUAUUCAUUUACAUUACUUUUGUAUUACAGAACAAUUUUUUUUCUGUUACAGGAUUAGGCUACGAUCACACAAUGUAAUAUUAUAUCACUACAGAAAAUGUAAGAACUCAGACAAUACUACAGAUGUUUGUAUGACAUUUUCCAAACAUAAUGAUACUAAGAUGAUAAAAGUAAUGUUUGAAUUAUAUGAUAAAGUAGUCGCCGUUCAAAGAAGAUGUGGUAUAUCUGCUUGAUAAAUAACAUAUUUAUGAAUUGAACUGAUAUACAAUUAUUUGAUAUCAAUCACCAAUAAGAUUGUUAUGAACAUACUGAUAUUGUAAACACGUUUUGAUUUGUAUUUGCAGUGUAUGUUUUUCGUCGGUAUAUUGGUAUUCAACGAUUUUCAUUUGCUUCAAGUGUGGAAAACAAUACAUGUUGCUAUGGUUUUAUGUUUUCCCUUACGUUUAUUUCAAUAGUAAGUUUUCAUCUUAAUGAAGAACAUUUUGAGAGUUAUCUUUAUAUUUCGGCUGGUUUACUGAUAAAUUAUUUGUUUUGUUUGAUUAUAUUUCUAAGAUUUUCGUGAGAUAUAAUAAUGCAUUGACCUUCAAUUCUAAUCAAAUAACAGCUCUUUAAAGUACACCCCUGAAUAAAAAAUGUUACAAUCCAGGUAAUACCUUACUGCGCAUGCCCAUAGGUAACAUCGUAUACCUCGGGCUACAAUAGAUUGACUUUCAAUUUAGCUCUCUAUGAGUUAAGACGUUUUUUUCCAAAUUAUUUAAAGGUUAGUGGGUUUAUUAUUUUAGUUAGCAUGGCUAACGCCCAACUCAAUGACAUUCCGUUAGGGAUGACUACACCGUCUCGAGAGAGCGGUGCACUUGAUUCUGAAGACCAUAGGGUCAUUGAAGAAAAUGAAAGUUUUACCGCAGUGACGGUAGAAACUGAUAAGGUAGUCGAGUCUUUGGGCUCUUCUCACAAGGCGAGGAGAAAUAUCUCUUCUCGUCAAGAUGAUGAAAUGUCGUUGGUCGACGGGACAGAAGAAGAUGUCAGACAGAGCUGGUCUGACCUAGAUACCAAAAACCUUAAACGGAAACGGGACGAUUCCGUACCUAACAGAAAAGGUAAGGUUAAACACAGGAAAGUUGUUAAUCAUUCUAGCAGUUCCUCUGAAAAUACUAGUAGCAGUGAAUUAUCUUCUAGUAACUCUGAAUCAGAGAGUUCAGAAGACAAUGAAGCGUUUGACCCAGAACCUUCUUUGUCUAAAGAUAAAAAAGAAAAAGUACCAUCUCAUAUUACCAAAUAUAUAGAGAAGUAUGCUCUAAAGGGUAUAAGUAAAAAGACGAGACAAGAUAUGUCUUUGAAUUGGCCUAUUACUUCUUCUAAAGGAUUAAAGGCUCUUGAAACAGAUAGAUUUUUUAAGAAAAAUUAUUUUCAAGGUAGAAAGUGGAAUGCUAGACUAGAGAGAAGUAAAAUUAACACACAGCUACGCAUUCUAGAUGUUAUGGGUCCUCUGUCCCGUUUAUGGUCUGAAGCACAUAGGAUUAAGAAAGAUAAUCAAGGUAUGGACCCUGCUGAUGUAAUUCAAUUAACACAGAGGGCUAUUGUGCUAGCAGGUAAUGAUCACUAUGUUUAUAACACUGACAGGAGAAAAGCAAUGUUAGUUAAAACAAUGCCAGAUAGUCUAGAUUUUUUUAAUGAGAAGAAAGGCAAGAAAGCUUUGGCAAAAUCUAAGGGUCAACUUUUUGGUAAUAAAUUUCUAAAAUCUUUGGCUAAAGAAAACAAGGAUAACAAAGAACUUAGAGAAAUGUUGUUGUUUUCUAACAAGAAAAGACAUGCUGGUAAACCUCAUUUUAAUAGGAAAAAUGAUCAGUUUUUUCAGCAGGGGUCCACAAACAACCUGCAGUCUGUGGGCGGCAGACAAGCUCUCCAUCCACAAGUUUCAGGGAAGAGACCUUGGCAGGGAAACCAGUCACAGAACAGACAGGGGAACACUUAUGGUCAGCGCCAGAAUCAGCGCCAGAACCAGACCCAGAACCAAAUCCAGACCCAACCUCAGAACAACCAAGUGUUCAAGAAACCUGCAAACCGAUAGAACGGAACGGAUAGCGUUGGAUGGACAUGUAUAUGACUGGUAUUCCAAACAAUAAUUGCAGUAUUGUGGCAGUGUGGCGGAAUAUGAUAAAGAACAUUUAUAUGCAGUUUUUUCGUGGACUAUAAAGAAAUUACUGACUUUACCGUGUAUACUCUGUGAAAUAUUUUGAUGUACAUUUGAUAAUACAAAUGAUUAUUUUC